AUGCUGGACACUUUGUUUUUUCUGCUGGAGCGCCUCUUCUCGCUCGCGCACAUUUACGUCUCUCUGCCGCGGCUCGUGCACGUGGAGCGUGAGCAUGUGUCGUGCACGCGUAGAGACGAUGUCUCGUGGAGCCGGUUCGCACGCGGGGACCUGUUGGAGGUGCCGCGCACGCUUUUCACGCACUUUGGGAUAUAUCUGGGCGACGGGCGCGUGGCGCACCUCAUCCCUGACGCGCUGCCGCUCGUGACGUCAGAGCCGCGGAGGCUGCAGCGGAUGGUCACGAACACGCGCCUGCUGCUCGGGGUGCUGUCCAAGCGCGCGAGCGUGCGCGUGGACUCUGUGGAGGACUUUGCGUACGGCGCGCACGUGCUCCUGAACCGCGCGGACACGUACCGAGCUGCGCUGAGCGGUGAAGAGUCAGGGCUGCGCGCGGAGCGGCUCAUCGGUCCCGUGUCCUACAGCCUCCUGUGGAACAACUGCGAGCACUUUGUCACGCACUGCCGCUACGGGCAUGCGGACAGCCUACAGACUGAGCAGUUCUGCUCCUGGUUGAAGUCUGCGAUUCGGGACUCCAGGACUCUGAUGGCCUCGGUGGUGGUGGGGGCCCUGCUGCCGGUCUCCUGGGGGGCCUCUCUCUGCACUCUGGUCCCUGCACUGCUGCUGCCGUUCACAUUGUGGAUGAGCAGCUAA